AUGAAAUUACGAGAUUUAUUAGUUUUAACAGUAAUUUUUUUAGGAUAUAAAGCAAUUUUUAUUUUCAUUUGUACUUUAUCAUCUUUUUUAAAUGUUUAUGAUACUUCAACUUUAUUCGUUUUGAAACAACCCGAAAAUAUUUUACAACGAAUCAUAACAUCAUUAGUACGUUGGGAUAACAUAUAUUUCAUAACAUUAGCGCAUCGUGGACUAUUAUUUGAACAAGAAUGGGCAUUUGGUCCAGGGUUCCCUUAUCUCGUUCGCUUAUUUACAGACAGCAUAUUUUUAGAUAAAUCUCUUUAUAACUAUGCUCUUGUUUCAAUUAUUAUUUCGCAUUUAUUUCACUUUUUUUCUAUCUUCAUUCUUUACCAUCUUACUUUUAAAAUCUAUAAGUCGCGAGAUAUGGCAAUAGUUACUUCACUUCUUUAUCUCAUAUCCCCUUCUGGAAUAUUUCUUUCAGCUGGAUAUUCCGAAAGUUUAUUUUCGUUUGUUACAUUUCUUGGCUUCAUUUUUUUUGAAGAGGGUUAUAAUUUUUUAGCAGCACUAACAUGGUGUAUAGCAUCAACAAUUAGAAGCAAUGGUAUUCUUUGGUCCAUUUUUUUCUUGAACUCUGUAUUUGUAUAUAUAUAUAAGUUCCUGAAAUCCCCAAGAUUUUGUUUAUUUUUUAAAAUAGUGAAAUUUGGAAUUUAUAGUACAAUUGUUUGUACUGGUUUUUUUUGGAUUCAAUAUCAUGCUUAUAUUAAAUUUUGCCGGAAAAAGAAACAACGCAAUUGGUGUUUUAAAAGAAUUCCUUCUAUAUACUCAUUUGUUCAAAGUUAUUAUUGGAAUAUUGGCUUUUUUAAAUAUUUUACAGUACCUCAGAUUCCGAAUUUUAUAUUAGCAUUUCCUUCUAUUUAUCUUUCUAUAAGAUCAGGAACUUAUUUUUUAAUGAGUAAAAAUAGAGUUCAAAAAUUUACUGGAAAAUUAGAUCUUUAUUAUAUUGCACAAUUAUUAUUGACCAUAUUAUGUAUAUGUGUGAUGCAUAUUCAAGUAUUUACCAGAAUGAUUUCUUGUUUACCAGGCAUAUAUUGGUGGUUAGCUAACUAUUUAUUAAAUGAUAAACCUAUAUAUUGGGUAAAAGUUUGGGUUCUAUAUGGUAUGGUUCAAGCAGUUUUGUUUGGCGCAUUUUUGCCUCCUGCAUAA